AUGUUUUGCGAUUUUGUGGUUGCGGGUUUUGGUUGGCGCCAUGCCCUGACCUACCUGCCUGGUUGGAAACUCCUGUCCGCUUUUCUUCUGUUGCUGUUGAUUUACAUUGUUGGUUGUAUCCUCUACAACUUGCACAUCCACCCGUUGUCUCGCUACCCCGGACCCAAGCUUGCUGCCAUCACUCCUCUUGUUCACCUUCUCUGGGAUAUCCAGGGUAAACAGCACUCUACCAUGAAGGCCCUGCAUGACAAGUACGGAGAUGUGGUUCGCAUCGCCCCAAAUGCCCUAGUUUACCGCGCUGCCACAGCCUGGAAAGACAUCUACGGCCAUCGCAAGAAGGGACACAAAAUCUUCCUCAAGGACCCGGCUUUGUAUGCACCCACUCCGAACGGAGUCAACGCAAUCAUCACAGCCAAUGAGGAGGAUCACUCCCGGAUGCGCCGUUUGCUGACCCACGCCUUCUCGAACCAAGCUCUGCGCGCACAGGAGGAAAUCCUCCAGAAAUACGCAGACAUGUUCAUCAGUAAGCUGCAGGAAACCCUGGGUAGCUCCGCCUCAAAAGAUCUCGAUAUCACACGCUGGUUCAACUUUACUACCUUCGACCUAAUCGGCGAUCUUGCAUUCGGCGAGCCCUUCGGCUGUCUCGAUAACAGCACCUACCACUGGUGGGUACUGAUCAUUUUGGACGCCGUCAAAGCCAGUGCCUAUCUCAAGGUCUUUUGGUUCUACCCUUUCCUCGCCCCCAUGGUAAAGUUCCUGGUGCCGAAGCAUCUGCUUGAAAAGCGCCAAGCCAGUUUCGACCUGAGCGUUGAGAAAGUCCGUCGUCGUCUUGCCCAUGGAACGACCAGGCCUGAUUUCACCUCGUAUAUUCUCAAGCAUUCAGCUGACGGGAAGGGCGUCUCUCCCGAGGAGAUGGAUGCUAAUGCUGCUGUCUUUGUUCUUGCUGGUAGUGAGACUACUGCUGCCCUGCUGUCUGGUUGUACUUAUUAUCUCCUUCGCAACCGUGAUAAGUACGAGAGACUUUUGCGCGAGAUCCGUGGUGCAUUCAACUCUCUGCCCAUGAUCAAACUGACUUCUCUUGUUGAACUGCCUUAUUUGAAUGCUGUCCUGACCGAGACGAUGCGCGUUUACCCUCCCAUCCCGUCUAUGUUGCCUCGCAUUGUGCCUGAAGGCGGAGCUAUCAUUAAUGACAAAUUUGUCCCUGAGAAUGUUUCCGUAUCGAUCUCCUUAUUCUCAACCUUCAACGCAGCAUGCCACUUUAAGAAGCCCGAGUCUUUCAUUCCAGAACGCUGGCUCGCCGACUCCAAGGGCUUCGAGAACGACAACAAGGACGCCUUCCAGCCAUACUCAUACGGACCCCGGAACUGCCUCGGCCAACACCUCGCCAACGCCGAAAUGCGCCUUCUCCUGGCCAAGUUCCUCUGGACCUUUGACAUGGAACUCCUCCCCGAUUCCAUCAACUGGACUCAGCAGAAGUCCUUCGCUCUUUGGAAGCGGCCUGAUCUCAACAUCAAACUCUACCGUGCCGGUGACGCUAUUGCCCUGUGA